CGUGCCAACCCGUUUGUCAAAUCAUGGUGACACUCAGUGACCACACAUAACUAGCCCGCUGUACUCAAUGUGCUUUUUAGCGAGCCGCAGCCACACAGCACAGAACUGGACAGACACGCUUGCUGGUCCCUGUUUGCAACUCCAGCUCAAGAAUGAAACAGAAUCUUAUUCUGUGGUCCACGAUGGUGGUAGUGGUGGUGGCGGUAACUGCAACAGCCCAGACUUCAAAAAACCGUCUCGCCGCUGCAGACUUCCAGCACCACGCAGUGCUGGACCAGCGCGGAACAUUUGUCAUGAUGUGGACGCCGAGGGAGGACAGCAUCAGGGUGGAGGUUCAAGUGGCCACCACUGGUUGGGUGGGCGUAGGGUUCUCGCCCAAUGGAGGAAUGCGCGGCGCAGACAUCACGCUGGGAUGGGUGGAUUCCGAGGGGCAGCUGCACGUGCAUGAUCGCUACGCCCACGGCAUGACGACGCCUGUGGUGGACAUUGCUCAGGACGUGGUGGUAGAGGGCGGUUACCAGAACGACACCCACACAGUGAUGCGCUUCUCCAGACCUUGGAACACCUGCGACAUCAAGCACGACAUGAAACUCUCGGACGACACAGUAAGGGUUAUCUGGGCCUACGGCGAGGAAGACCCCCUUGACACGAUGGACAUGAAGCGCCACGUGGAGCGAGGGACCAAGAGUGUGUACCUGAGAGAACCCAGAUUCACGCGCCCAGCAGUGACGGAGGACAUCAAGACCUGGGACAUUCGCUCACCAAACGUCAGCGUGCCCUCCCACACCGACUCUCUCUACUGGUGUAAGCUCGUCAAAGUUCCAGACUUCAGCACCAAGGUCCACGUUAUCGGGUUCGAGCCACUCAUCUCUCAAGAAAACCUGCCCUACGUGCACCACAUCAUCUUGUAUUCCUGCGGUGAGACAUCCCCGCACCUGGAGAAGUGGGCGCAGCAUGAGGGAGUGCAGUGUUUCUCCCCCAACAUGCCGCCCUCCAUGGCGAACUGCAAGACCGCAGUCAGCUUGGCCUGGGCUGUAGGCAAUGACGGGGAGAUGUGGCCGGAGCACGUGGGCAUCCCACUGGGGAAGGACAGCGGCCUGUAUUACUACGUCAUGGAGAUGCACUAUGACAACCCAAAGCUGACGGAAGGCAUUGUGGACAAUUCUGGUCUCCGCCUCUUCUACACGGAGAAGCUGAGGAAAUAUGACGCAGGAAUCAUGAGCGUUGGCCACAGCGUCACGCCGUACAUGAUCGUUCCCCCAAAACACACCUGGAAGACUGUCGGCCACUGCUCGGGUCAUUGCACCAACAUAGCCUUCCCCUCAGAAGGCAUCAAGGUGUUCCAGUUGUUUCUCCACGCGCACCUCCUCGGCCGUGGACUGACUGUGCGACAUAUCCGUGACGGCAGAGAACUUCCUGUUAUCUCCCAGGAUCUGAACUAUGACUUCAACUACCAGCAAGGGCGCAGAUUGCCACAGGAGGUGACGGUGCUACCCGGGGACUCCUUCAUCUUGGAGUGUCAAUACGACGCCAGACACAAAACGGUGCCAACCUUCGGCGGCGAGGGCACCCAGGAGGAGAUGUGCCUGGCCUUCCUCAUGUACUACCCUAAGAUAUCCAUGUCAUGGUGCCAUUCCUUCCCCAAACUGGAGAACAUAUAUCGCCCGCUGGGAGUGAAGAGCAUUGCCACACAGAAUACAAGCUCUACAAGAUUACGUUCAAUGCUGAACACUGCUGAGGAGCGAGAAGAGGAGCUGAUUGAGGCACUGCUGGUGAAGAAGGAGACGCCAGCCGUGACAGAGCUUGACCUGGCAGCACGCUUCAAGAAUGUGGCCGUGAUGGAGCCUGCCUCACUGAAGAGCAAGACUUUGUAUGACAUUCUUUUUGAUGAGGAGACAUGGAAGGAUGAGAAGAUAAAGGAACUACAAAAACAGAUAGAAUUUAGUCCCCACCAUGCAUUUUGUAGACCUGUGGCUGGAAACAAAAUAACACACAUCCACAAGUACCCGCACUUCACCACCAUCAAGACACUGGAUGACGAGUGUUUGGCCACCCACGUCUCUCCAGAUCACCUGCCCCCAUAUCAAGAUGAGUCACACAGCACACAAAAACACACAAUCACAGAGAAUGGAGGUCCUGCCAGCCCUGCCGUGCAGCUGGCUGUCACCCUGCCCUCCCUCCUCAGCCCACUGGUCCUCCUGAUCCUCUACUACCAGUGAUGGAAAGAUUCACAGGGAGAGAGAAUAUGCAUAGCUAACAGAAAGUGUUCUUCAGAAUCCAUGCAAAACAGAAAUAACUGCAUAUGUUCCAUUAAUAAUAAUAAUAAUAAUAAUAAUAAUAAUAAUAAUAAUAAUAAUAAUAAUAAUAAUAAUAAUAAUAAUAAUAAUAACAAUAAUAAUGAUAAUGAUCAUGAUGAUGAUAAUAAUAAUAAUGUCUUUAUUUCAACCAAUAGCCAUAGAGCAUAUACAGAGAUAUUAAAGAAUCUAAAAUAAUAUUAUAUAUAUAUAUAUAUAUAUAUAUAUAUAUAUAUAUAUAUAUAUAUAUAUAUAUAUAUAUAUAUAUAUAUAUAUAUAUAUAUAUAUAUAUAUAUAUAUAUAUAUAUAUAACAAAACUGGUGAACUUAAUUCAUUAAUGAAUAGUUUACAGUAAGGGUUCCAGACCCACUUAUUAUCAUCACUCAUUAUCAUCAUAUGUAACUGUGUUCAAACCAUUAUCACUCAAUACAGAGUUAUAAUUAUCACAAUAUUUUCACACCUUGCACUGUAUGUUUCCAUCAUUCAAGAUGCUUGUAUUGUUAGUUUAGCAAUACAAUGGACAAAAUGUACUAUUAUUAAUUUAAAUAUAAUACAACUGAAAAAUGGAUUGGCCAAUACAUAAUUUUUAAAUACUUACAUUUUUUUCUUUUCUUUUCUAAAGGUACUGGUUAUUGAAUCUAAAUAUAAUGCAACUGAAAAAUGGAUUGAUCAAUGCAUCAUUUCUAAUUAUUUACAUUUUCUUUCUUUCUUUUCUCAUUCAGUAAUACUUAUGUGAUCAAAAUUGCUAAUGAUGAACACUACCAAAGUUCAUUGCUUUUACUCUCAGUUGUGAACUCAGUAACAAAUUUAACUAAAUUUAUGGACAAGAAUGAAAGGUGGAAAGUGAUAGGUACAUACUAUGUUUCAUAUAGAGACUGCCACAUGUAGGCCUAAUGGCUUCUUGCAGCUUCCCUUUUCUUAUGUUCUUAUUCAUUUCUUACAUACAUAUUAACAAUAGUAUGAACAUUUAACAGCAUUACAGCACUAACGUCACAUGAAAAGGACUGCUCUAUAACUAUUACAGUCUGCUCACACAAACAGGAUAUGCUUCUUCAUUAACUUCUGCAACAUUCAUGGUCUAAGAUCUAAUUUUCAAUCUUCUAAACCUUAUCAUCUUUUCCUCACUGAAAUUCAGGUGUCUGAGGCAACUGACAGUAGCCCCUUUUUUGUUCCCUCCUAUUUUCUCUAUCCUCAUUUUCGAUUCAAAGCUGGAUGUUGUGUUUAUGUGCUUAUGUGUUAUGACUUAACCUACCCUUGUGCCCAUGCUCUUGAAUCUUCCGAGUUUUCCACCAUCUGGCUAUGACUACAGAGUCACUCUCAAACUAAAUUUAUCUGUGCUCUAUACUUCUCACCUAACUCCUCUGACUGUAAGAAAUUCUUUGACUACCUAACUUCCAAAGUGGAGCACAUUCUGACUCUCUUCCCUUUUGCAGAGAUCUCCAUUCUUGGAGACUUCAAUGUUCACCACCUGCUUUGGCUUUUCUCUCCCUUCACUGACCAUCUUGGUGAACUAGCCUUCAACUCUGCUAUCCUCCACGACCUAGAGCAACUGGUGCAACACCCUACUCAUAUUCCUGACCAUCCUGGAGAUACGCCCAACAUUCUUGACCUUUUCCUGACCUCUAAUCCUUCUGCUUAUGCUGUCACCCUCUCUUCUCCAUUGGGCUCCUCCGACCACAAUCUCAUAUCUGUAUCUUGUCCUAUCGCUCCAAUCCCUCCUCAGGAUCACUCCUAAGUGAAAGUUUUUUGCCUCUGCUAGUUGGGGGGGACCUGAGGAGGAAUUUUGCUGAUUUUCCUCAGAAUGACUACUGCUUCCGUGUCAGAGACUCAUCUUUGUGUGCUGGGCGCAUAACAGAGGUGAUUGUGUCUGGCAUGGAGGCGUACAUUCCUCACUCUUUUUCUCGACCUAAAUCUUCCAAACCUUGGUUUAACACAGCUUGUUCUCGUGCUAUAUAUGAUAGAGAGGUGGCCCACAAAAGGUACUUGAACCUUCCAUCACCAUAAUCUCAUGCACUUUACAUUUCUGCCCGGAAUCAUGCCAAGUCUGUUCUCCAACUAGCCAAAAACUCAUUCAUUAACAGAAAGUGUCAAAAUCUUUCAAGAUUUAACUCCCCUUGUGACUUCUGGCAUCUAGCCAAAAAUAUCUUCUGAUCUUGCUAACUGCAUGCCUCCCCUCCUCCCGUGGCCUUGCUGCACAAGACUUUCUUCUUUCUCUCACCCCUCUUCUGUCCACCUCUCUAAUGCAAGAGUUAACCAGUAUUAUCAAUCAUUCAUCCCUUUCUCUGGUAAACUUAUUUUUCUUGCAGUAUUGAUUCAUCAGUAUUACUGAUACUUUUGGUUCCAAACUAGUGAUAAUCGAUAAUUUUAGUUUUUGGAACAUGAGCAUGUUGAAGUUUUAAAUUUUCAAAAUUGGAUGUAAUUAUUUAACUUAAAAUAGUAUUUUUCAUUAGUGAAGGAUAAACACUGAAUUUGAAGUUUCCUAUAAAAUAAAGAUAAAAAUAAAGAUUUGGAUUUA